AUUGAAACACAGGCUCCCGCGUUCUUCUAUAAGAACGCUGUGGCGCCUGGGAUAUUGCACGUGACACCGUUCGCGCGUGUGAUGGCGUCGUCAUUCACGUUGUUGGGUAGCUUGGGCAAAAACAUUUUUGGUGCAGAGGACAAAAUUGUGGAUAUACAGAAGGCGGAGUAUGAGAUGGGGAUCGGGUGUAAGCCCUUGGCAGUAGAUGUGGAUAUUGUCAACAAGCAAUACAUGGAAUACGAAGCUUGGCUACUCGCCUUGUUUGACAAAUAUCUCGAUCAUCUCUCGACCAAUGGCAAUGACUAUCCGAUGAUCAAAGAACGUUUCAGUACGGUAGUGGACAAGGAAAGGCAACUGCGAAUGGCACUGCAGGACCUUGCAUAUGAGCCCAGUAAGGUGGAACGCGAUGCUGACGGUUCUGCGAAAGAGCAAGGCAACUACACAUUCUUUAAGACCAAGGCCUUUUGGCCCGUGAGGGACGGUUCUAGGAUACCGUCGACUGAUCCACCAAAGAAAUCAUUCGGGGUGGAUACGCUGAUAGAAUAUGUCUACGACUCUAAACCCUCCAUGGUGACUCUCUUUGAUAUUCAGGGCAAACCUAUACCACGAACCGAAUGGGACGUGCGAGAAGACGAUAUCGUGAGUAUUAAAGCAACACUCGAUGCAGGACUCUUCAAGGUAAACGACCCCAAAGAAGAAGAUCUCAGUGGAAACAAGAAACUAGUGAUCUACAUGGGCAAGCGGUUGCACAGCGUGGUACUUGCGGAAGAGGGUGGCAAUGAGGAGGAACGCGUGCCGCUGGAUGUGUUGAACGAUAUGUUGUUAGACCUUAUUGGCUGGGCUAAAAGUUCGGUGACUGAGGAACGGUGGGAGAAGGCGUAUCAAGAUUACCUUCACCGACUUCAGGGGCGGAGGUUGGAGGCGAUGAAUAGGAAGAAGAGUGCUAAGGCGAUGACGAAAGAGACAGAUAGUCUGUACGCGAAGCCGAAAAACAGUUUAUACGGCUAUAAGAGAAGAUAGUUAUGCGAGAAAACAGCUUGAUUAUUGGUAGUUAGCGGAUUAUUGAAUCACCCGCGGGAGCGGAUAUCGCUGAAAACGUAUCACUCUAUCAGAAAUGAUCAGUGCAGCAAAGCAUAUCGUUAUAUCACCCGAAUCCAACGGAGUCUUACAUGGAAGGUGUAUUGUUAUAGCACUCCCCCUCCCCCUCUAUCGUUAUUUUGAACCAUUACAACCACAGCGAUGCGACAUAGAGGGAUAGGGAUGUUAGGCCAAGGACAGUUAGUACAGAGGUAUAGCUGCAGCCAUUUGAACGUGUCCAUAUUCGACCAUUAGUCUUGUGUGACACAAGAGGUAUAGGUGAUAUCAGCUUGCACACAGUGCACUUGUAAUGAGAGCUAUUCAGAAAUAAAAUGAUAUUGUGAAAGUCAA